CCCCACCACCCUACCCUGGCCCAUGCCAGCAGAUGCCACCGUCGGGGCUACGUGGUUUAGGAGUGGGUUUGCCCCUUGGGCCCCCACGACCACCCCCUAUAACAGUGAUGCCGCAGAUGGUGGCUGCGGUUCCUGGGGGCAUGAUGCACCCUCCUGGUGGUGGAAUGGGCCAUGUCCCAGGACCACCUCAUCUUCAGCGCAGACCACUGUUGCUGCAGGAGCAGCCACUCUUGCUAGAAGAUCUGCUUGAACAGGAAAAACGAGAGCAGGAGAAACAGCAGCAGCAGCAGCCGCCACCUGCUUCAGCAUCACCACCGUUACUCAGUGAUGUUGACUUCGAACGACUAAGGGCCGAUGUGUUAGGUACCACCACUCCUACUGGAGGCUCCCCAGGUCUUGGCUCACCACCUCAGGGGAUUCCAGCCCAAGGUCUGUUGCCCAGCCCAAAUCUUGUGUCAGUUGUUGGAACAAAUUUAAGGCCACCUUAUCCCCCUCGACCUGCACCACAAACCACAUCAAAAUUAAUAGAGUGGCAAUCGGGUCCAUCUUCGGGGCUGGACUCCAAAAUGGGGCCCAGUGGUGUCCUAGUGCGGCAGCAGUCUACACCUGGAGAAGCUACAGCUGGCCGAGUGCCUCUUUUCAAUGCUCCUCAUUUGCCUACACCUCCGUUACCGCCAGAGAAUAUCAUGACUGAGCAGGAUCGUCAAACACAACUACAUUACGAACAGUGGUUGAAUCACCAAAAUCAGAUAGUUUCAUCACAACUGAAGUAUUAUGAAACUGAAGUUAGCAAAUUACGGAAGAUACGCAAGUCUCUGAAUAGCAAACAGCGGCAGCUGCGUAAAUCUGGGAAUGAGCUGACAGAGGCAGAUGCACUAGAACUACAGAGAAUCUCUAGUGAGCAGUCGGUGCUUCAGAAGCAGCUUGAUGCUAGUCGGAAACAGAGCCGACAGCAUGGAAUGUUGAUACAGGAGUAUCGCAACAAACAGCAACAAAAGCAGCGCCAGCAGCAAGGUCCUGGAAGUGUUGGCCCUCCCAGUCUCCUCAUUGGUCCUCCAGUCCUUGGUUCCAGCACUCCACAGCAACAGUCAGUAGUCAUUCACUCCCCUCUUGGACGCCCUGCCUCUUCGCCCGUCCACCACCCUUCCACCCCACAGUCGCCCAUGAUGUCACCAUCCCCUUCUCCUAUGAUGCAGCAGCAUCCGUCGCCCCUUCACAGUCCAGGGCCUCUCCUGUCACACAGCCCAGGGCCAGGGUCUGUGACUUGUAUGCUGCAGCAUAGCCCAGGCAACCCAGGGCCUGGUAGCAGCAGUGGCAUGUCUCCUCACAGUCUGCAGCCUUCCCCACGGAUGGGCACUCCACACUCGCAGAGUGAGGAAAGUCCGUUCAGUCCUGGCACACCUCAGGAGAUGUUACGUUCUCUCCCAUCUCCACAGCAGGUGUGCCCACCUCCAGCGGGCCGUCUGGCCUCACCACAAGGGCAUGGGGCACCACGCAUGACUUCACCACAGCAUCGUAUGGGAGUUCCAACUCCACAAGGGAUGGGGCGUCUUGUCACAAGUCCUGUUUCUUAUACGGGAGAUCACAGAACCGUCCAGCAACAGUUCUCAGGAGGUGAACAAAUUAGGAUUAAUAUGCCUCCACGAUUCGUACGCUCUCCUAUCAGUGGAAACUCUGAGCCAGCCCUUCUGCGACCUCGUGGUUUGCCUAUUCAAGGGCCAGGACAGAUGGGACCCACCAAUGUCAUGUAUAGUCAGCCAUCACCAACUCAGAAUGUUAGAGCUGGUAUUGUCUACUCAAGUUCCAGUUCUCCUUCGCCUCUGGGAAGUCCACAGUCUGUGGUGUCAAAUGUUGUGGGGCAGCAGCAGCAGUUUCAACAAAUUACGUCACAGUCUGGACAACAGCAAACAGGACAUUCUCAGCAACAAACAUCAGUUCAUUUUCAGCAGGCACAAACAGGCGUGUCUGGUCAGAUGGUUGUGCGGCAGGUUCAGCAAAGUGUCGGCCAGCAGUCACCACAGCAGAUGGUUCAAAGACAACUGCAGCAGCACUUGCUUCAGCAGCAGCAGCAGCCACAAGAACAAGAAGCAAAUUUGCUGCUGGCUCAGAGGCAGCAGCUACAGUUAGCACAGCAAAGACAGAUGAUUCAUCAGCAGAGACAGCAAAUUUUACAACAUCAGCAGUUAGCACAGCAAAGACAACAGCAGCAAAUGCUUCAGCAGCAACCAAAUCAACCUCCAAGCUCCCCGAUGCCUCCUCGAAGCCCAAUUAUUCAUCAACAACAUCAAAAUUCAAAUCUUCCUUCUAGUUCCCCAAUGCCUCCUAGAAGUCCCAUGGUCCAAUCAUUGAAUCAGAGUCAGACACCUAAUUCUCCGGUGCCUCCACACAGUCCGAUGCUUCAGCAGAUGAACCAGACUCAGCCGCUAAAUUCGCCAAUGCCACCGUGCAGUCCAGUGGUUCAACAACAAUAUCAGCAGAUUGGCCAGAAUCAGCCACCUAGUUCACCAGUUCUUCGAAAUUCUAUGGUCCAGAAUCUUCCACACUCAGUUGGUUCGCCAAUGCAGAUGAGGCAUCCUUCAAGCACAGGAAGUGUCAGUAACAGCCCUGUGUUGCCUGAUAGGCCACAAAGUGUUGAAAAUCCCCUAACACCACGAACACCUCACACCCCACACACACCUCAGAGCAGCCAGCAAGGAGGAGAGUUCGGUCAGGGCCAUUUGGAGCACCAGGAUAAUGAUACAGCACCUGGAGGAGGGGGUGGCAAUCCAAACAACCCAGCAAACCCUUUGCCAUUACCAGCAAUGUUUGGAAGAUUUGGUUACUUCAAGCUUGGACUUCGUGGUGGGUCACCCAUGUGGUCUACUGGAACUGGCUUUAGAAGGGGAGGGAGACACGGCAGCUCUAAAUGCAACGAUGAGAAGGGGAAUGGCAGUGGAGAGCACCAGGACAAAGAUGCAGGGGUGGGUACAUGUGGGACAAAGACCAAGGGUCAGGUGGAAAGUAAAAGUGCUCUGCAGUCAUGUAGUUCUGCCAGAGAAACUAGAAGUAUUGUUACACCGGGGAAGACUGUUGCAGUUGUGUCUAAGGUUGCAUCUCUUGUGUGUGUAGAUUACAAUGAUUUUGAUGAUGAGAAUUCACAUACUCCACCUCUAACCCCUCCUCCUUCUCAGGCUCAUGAAGUUUGUGUACCUUCAAGUGUGUUAAUUGUUGAUAACAAAGAAGAAAACUUAUCAGGAGUAGCCAAAAUUAUAAGUGAACAAGAUUUAUCCAGUACUGAAAAAUCAGAUGAAUCAGCAAGUGAGAAAUCCAGUGUUCUAGUAGAAAUAGAAAAAGAGGUUAGCAGUAAUACCAAAGAACUGAUUGGAGAGAAAUGUGGUGAAGAAAUUGAGGUUUCUGUCAUUUCUCACGAGGAUAUUUUGGAUUCAGAUACCGUCGUGUCUUCAGAUUUGGCUAUAGAGGACGCAGACUGUGAUAAUGUUGUGGUCUUUGAAAGUGAUCUUGCUCAAGUGUCCAGCUCCAUAGAUACAGAUGUAAUUGAGGAAUGUAUUGUAACAUCCUCUGAUAUUGUCAUGGACAUCUCAGUUGUUGAUGCCUUGGGAGACUGUGACAAACUUACCUCCUGCAUUCAGAAGGAUGAUGAUAUUCUUCAUUUGGUUGAUGAGGAGAGCAAAGUAGAAUCAGGAGAUAUUAUGGAAACAGCUGAUGUAGAUGAUGAACUAGGAGAAAUAGAACUUGCUGAAGGAAAUGAUGAUAUGCCAAAUAUGGACAUGGAUGUCAUGCACAUUCUGGACAGUAGAGUAACAGGAAUGUUGGAUAGAGACCCAGUUCUUGACAUGCCUGAAGGUUGCAGGGAAAUUCAUUCAAUGAAUGAGAGACUAAGGAUAGAUUGUUGCAAUUACUGA